UGCGCGUAAUCGAAAGAGGAGAUGGGAGAGGAGGGGGAGCCGCUCCUGACUGUGUUCCUAGGAUAGUGUGAGGAGGAAAGCCCCCAGUCCAAAUCUCCGUAGGAGAAGAGAGCAGCAUGAAGACAGCAGAGGUAUUCGACACAUCGGAGACGUCGGUUUGCGGAUAACGUUUGGUUUACGGCCACCGCUCGCAACCUGCGGGACGACUGCAUGAGCCGCCGUGAUGGCAGGCGGCCGGAGAGGACUAGUAGCCCCUCAGAAUACUUUUCUAGAGAAUAUUGUCAGACGAUCGAACGACACCAACUUCGUCUUGGGCAAUGCUCAGAUUGUGGACUGGCCCAUCGUGUACAGCAACGAUGGUUUCUGCAAGCUGUCUGGCUACCACCGGGCCGAGGUCAUGCAGAAGAGCAGCACCUGCAGUUUCAUGUAUGGAGAGCUCACUGACAAGGACACAUCGGAGAAAGUGCGGAUGACGUUUGAUAGCUACGAGAUGAACUCGUUUGAGAUCCUCAUGUAUAAAAAGAACCGAACGCCGGUGUGGUUCUUUAUGAGGAUAGCACCUAUACGAAAUGAACAAGAGAAGGUGGUGCUUUUUCUCUGCACCUUCAGUGAUAUCACAGCCUUCAAACAGCCUAUUGAGGAUGACUCCACUAAAGGCUGGGGUAAGUUUGCUCGCCUGACCCGGGCCCUGACCAGCAGUAGAGGAGUACUACAGCAGCUCCAACCCACCGUCCACAAAGGAGAGAACGUCCACAAGCACUCUCGACUGGCUGAGGUUCUGCAGCUGGGCUCGGACAUCCUCCCCCAGUACAAGCAGGAGACACCCAAGACCCCUCCUCACAUCAUCCUGCACUACUGCGCCUUCAAGACCACGUGGGACUGGGUCAUCCUCAUCCUCACCUUCUACACGGCCAUCAUGGUGCCCUACAACGUCUCCUUCAAGACCAAGCAGAACAACGUCACCUGGCUGGUGGUCGACAGCAUCGUGGACGUCAUCUUCCUGGUGGACAUCGUGCUCAACUUCCACACCACGUUCGUGGGGCCGGCCGGGGAGGUCAUCUCCGACCCCAAGCUGAUCCGCAUGAACUACCUGAAGACCUGGUUCGUCAUCGACCUGCUUUCCUGCCUGCCCUAUGAUGUCAUCAACGCUUUUGAGAAUGUGGAUGAGGGCAUAAGUUCUCUCUUCAGCUCCCUGAAGGUGGUGCGCCUGCUCCGUCUGGGCCGCGUGGCGCGUAAGCUGGACCACUACAUAGAGUACGGCGCGGCCGUCCUGGUGCUGCUGGUGUGCGUGUUCGGCCUGGCCGCCCACUGGCUGGCCUGCAUCUGGUACAGCAUCGGCGACUACGAGGUGAUCGACGAGGACAGCAACCAGGUGCGCAUGGACAGCUGGCUCUACAUGCUGGGCGAGAGCGCGGGCACGCCGUACCGCUUCAACGCCAGCGGCACGGGCAAAUGGGAGGGCGGCCCCAGCAAGGACUCGGUCUACAUCACGUCGCUGUACUUCACCAUGACCAGCCUCACCAGCAUCGGCUUCGGCAACAUUGCGCCCACCACCGACGGCGAGAAGAUCUUCGCCGUUGCCAUGAUGAUGAUCGGAUCUCUUCUGUACGCCACCAUCUUCGGUAACGUCACCACCAUUUUCCAGCAGAUGUACGCCAACACCAACAGGUACCACGAGAUGCUGAAUAGCGUGCGGGACUUCCUGAAGCUGUACCAGGUGCCCAAGGGCCUGAGCGAGCGGGUCAUGGACUACAUCGCCUCCACCUGGUCCAUGUCGCGAGGCAUAGAUACAGAAAAGGUGUUGCAGAUCUGCCCUAAGGACAUGCGCGCUGACAUCUGUGUGCAUCUGAACAGGAAGGUAUUUAAGGAGCAUCCAGCGUUCCGAUUGGCCAGUGACGGCUGCCUGCGUGCCCUGGCCAUGGAGUUCCAGACCAUCCACUGUGCCCCGGGCGACCUCAUCUACCAUGCCGGGGAGAGCGUAGACAGCCUCUGCUUUGUGGUGUCAGGCUCUCUGGAGGUCAUCCAGGAUGAUGAGGUGGUUGCCAUCUUGGGGAAGGGUGAUGUGUUUGGGGACGUGUUUUGGAAGGAGGUGACAUUAGCGCAAUCGUGUGCCAACGUCCGUGCUCUGACAUACUGCGACUUGCAUGUGAUCAAGCGUGACGCUCUGCAGAAAGUGUUGGAAUUUUACACGGCCUUCGCAAACCACUUCUCCAGAAACCUCCUACUCACCUACAACCUACGCAAACGGAUUGUGUUCCGUAAGAUCAGCGACGUGAAGCGCGAGGAAGAGGAGCGUCUGCGGAGGAAGAACGAGGCCCCCCUCAACCUGCCGCCUGACCACCCGGUGCGGCGCCUCUUCCAGCGUUUCCGGCAGCAGAAGGAGGCCCGCCUGGCCGCCGAGUGCUUCUACCCCGACGAGAACGACCUGGAGAAGGGCCAUGUUCAAGGCCCACUCCUGCAGCAGUCCGUGGUGCUCCACGACGUCAUCGCCAGCACCAGCAUCGUCACGGUGACAGAGAGCCCCGCCACGCCCAUACCUUGUAACUCCGCCCUGGGCCCGGUCCGGGGCCUGACGGACCGCGGCAAGCUCCAAGCCCCGUCUCUGGGCGGCGGCGGCGGCGGGCCGUCAAAGUCCUCAGAGCCGCGGAUGAGAGGUUGGGGCCGCUUCCGGGAGAGCGUGGCGGCCAAGCCGGAAAGCGGCUGGUCCAAAGUGUCCAAGGCCGAGUCUAUGGAGACGCUGCCAGAGCGGGGGAAGGGCAUCACCACGGAGGGGACCGGCCUCAAGAAGACAGACUCGUGCGACAGCGGCAUCACCAAGAGCGACCUGCGGCUGGACGAGGGCGAGGCACGUUCGCCCGGCGGCGACCGCAGCCCGCUGCAGCUCAGCACGGGCGGGGGGGCGCCGCCCAUCCCCUCCAUCGUCACCUCCAGCUGCACGGCGACGGCCGCCAGCACGCCCUCGCCGCUCCCCCCGCACAUCGCGUCCAUCCCCGAGCACAGCCUGCACGCCUCGCUGGGCGAGCUGCGCGCCGAGCUCAAGGAAGAGCUGGUGGUGCUGGGCUCGCGCAUGCUGGCGCUGGAGUCGCAGGUGGCCGAGGUGCUGCGCCUGCUGCGACAGAGGAGGAGCCUUAGCCCCACGACCCCCACCUCCCCGCAGCCGCUCUUCCGCAUCUCGCGGCCGGCCACUCCCGACUCCGAGAAGGAGGACAUCUUCGGCUGAGCGCUGGCGUGGACGUGUUAGGUGUUAACUGGGUUUUUUUUUUACUGGGGUGACGGACUCGACCAAAGGAUGUCGUCCAUCUGGAGACAAACGGGGUGAUGGUUUAGCCUCAGGGCACAAUGAGUGACAGCGGUCAUUGAGACAGUGGUCAUGGAGACAGUGGUCAUGGAGACGAAAAUGUCUCCAAAGGGGAGAACGGGGGUCCAUGCAGCGUCUGGCACGGUGGCACUGGCAUCUCCGACAGGCUGCCCGCAGACUCCCACCCCCACACACACCCCCACCCAGAUCCCCACCUAGACCCAAACCCCCACCCCCCCUGCCAGUCUGAGCUGAGCACUCCUCCUCCUUAUUAUGAGAUUGCUGGAGAUCCUUAUCUAUCUACUUCAUCUGCUCAGAUUUAAGCAGAGCCUUAUCAUGGCCGGCCGUGCUGAUAUCCAUUAUCAUCACUGAGAACUCUUGAACCUGCUUGCCAGGGGAGGAGGAGGAGGAGGAGGAGGAAGUGGAGGAGGACUUGAUUGAUUUAGAACACUGGCACUGUGCUUGAGGUCAGCGUUGAGAUCCAGACCAUGAUCAUGUCUGGAGACUGUUUGGUGUAGGUGGUUGGACGUACAGAACUGUCUCUGGAUUUGGUUACACUUUUUGGAUAUGACACAACACAACAGAUUGAAAUGAUGUAUUUGUUCAUAUCAACCCUCUUUUUUUUGUGGGUGAUGUGAUUUCACACACACACACACACAAACACUGACACACACACACAAACACUAUGCCACACUGAAAUAUCGCUGAUAAAGAUUUUUUUCUUUUUUUAGAAGCAGGACUACCCCCUGGCGUCUUUUGCACAAACCGUCCCUCCUCAUCCUGUGCGUCUAGCGGGGAGAGGGAAGUGUACAGAAGAGAACCCCAACGCCGUUCGGCGUUCGGUCGCAAUGCUCGACGCCCACUUGAAAGCUGUACAGGAAGCCGCAAGAGCUCCUGCCUUGUGGCUGGGUCUUCCAGAAGAAGAAGAAGAACACUGAUCACCGACACUGAUCACAUCAUCCUCACGCGAGCACGAUCCAGUGGCAACACAUUAUCAUGAGCAUGUCAUUUCCCACGUGGCCUUGCGCUAGCUCCACAUUAAGGCGCUCAUAUCUAGAUUAAGGUUUGACGUCCUUGUGUCCCUCGAGUCUGACUCCGUCCUUGUCCAUCAGACGCACUACCUUCAAUUCCUUUCAUGGUCACAAAUCACAGCUCUCUGCAGAGGUUUUUAUUACGUUGGUCUCGCAUCAACCACACAACGCAGAUAAAGGCGAUUUAAAGGAUAGUCUACCUAACAUAUAAACUAGAGUCACAGGUCUGCUCCCUUCUUAGCAUCCCCAUUAGCAAUGCAUAGCACACCAAUCAUUACUACCGACAUAUUUGAGUAGACUCAGUUUCUACAGCUCGCUGUUCCAUUGUGUCAUCAUCUCCUGUCCGACCUGAACGGACUGUUCUAGAACUGAACCCCUGCAAUACGCUGGUAAAUAUAUUGUGCCUUGUGCAGUUGGCUGCAGUGUGGCGUUGGACAGUGGUGAUUGUUCAGUUGGUGCAGUCAGCCACAACCAUCAGUCUCAGCUCCUGAGGUUAAUUAUCAGGUCUGUGGGGGAUCGGGUGCAGGCAGAGGCUUUUGUCAUAUCCACCAAUUGCCAGGAGAACUAGCAGGACAGACAAUGUGGGUAGGUGUGAAUGUACGUGUGUGUGUUUGUGUGUGUGUGAUUGUCUGUUCUGAGUUACCUAGUUGCAGACUUUAUCAGCACAACUGCAGGAUUCAGCAUUUAAAGGUACAACAGGCAACAUUGUGUCUGAAAAAAAGCCACAAUGUUUAACUCCUCACUAAAAUUGGCUCAUACAAAUAAUCCCUUCACUUUAUUUGGCAACCUCCGAAUGCGGGUGCCAAUGUUACAGUGGAAGGUGUCUGGGCAACAAGAUUUACAAGAACUUUGAGCCCGAUGGAAAAACACAUUCAUAUUGUGGCAUCUGUACAUCUGAUGGGAAAGAAAGUUGAGUUGAGAGAGUGCUCUUCACAGUUGGCUGAUCUUUUGCUG